ACAUGGCGUCAUAUAAUCAGCUCAAAUCAGCACGCAACAAUACAGGUGCUCACCUCGCUGCUGGUCCCGCUGGUCAUUGCAUUGUAUGGUGAUGCCAUUUUGUGUGUGUGUGUGUGUGCACUUUUUUACCACCCGAGUAUGCGUUUGAAGUAUUGAAGAGGAUCCUCAUUUAGAGUUCUCUCGAUAUUGAUCAAAAGUAUGCAAACCGCAUUCCAAAUGAAUCCAUCAAGCUAAUUUUGACGUGCAAUUGCAUACUUUUAGGCGUUUACUUGAAACAGCAAGCCCUGAAGUAUGCAAAUCGUAAAGACAACAAGAAUUUCGCGCUUAGACUGUUCGUAAGUGCGACCAAAUGGCUGAGACAUCAGUGAGGGAAGGUGUUGUCCCACUCGCAUCUAGCACGUUCAAGAACGGAACAAUUAGCCCGCCGGUGCCAAGGCGAUAAAACACAGUUGAUAAGGUGAGCAAGUGCUGCUGGUCGCACGUGCAAAGCCGUUGGCUCGAGUUAGAUGACCAUGUUUGCUGCCGUUUGCACCAGGGUCUUGUUUUUUUGUCCGCCAGUUGCAGUCGUGACAUUGGUCCGAGUGCCGGAAGUCGGUGGUGACGCGACGCAGUAUGAACCAGUCCAGCUUGGCUCCCGCCAACGGCACGCCAACGGAAGGGAUCAACGGCAGCGAGAUACUGCUGUGCGAUGGUGCAUCAACCAUUCCGGAAGGUAUCGCGAGUGCCAGGUUUCAGGUGCUGGUGUGGGCGGCCUAUACGUCGACGUUGGCUGCGUCGGUCGUGGGCAACUGUUCGGUGCUGGCGAUCGUCGCGAGCCAGCCAAGGAUGCGUACCGUCACGAAUCUGUUUCUGGCCAACCUGGCGCUCGGUGAUCUGCUGAUGACGCUGUUCUGCGUACCGUUCUCGUCUGUGUCGCUGUUCGUGCUGCAGUACUGGCCGUUCGGGGCGGCACUGUGUCAGGCGGUCAACUACUUUCAGGCGGUGUCGGUUCUGGUGUCCGCCUACACGCUGGUGGCGCUCAGUGCGGAUCGGUACCGGGCGAUUAUGUGGCCGCUGAGAUCUCGCCGUCGACCACCGCGCCGUCCGGUGGCACUGCUGCUGAUUGGAGUCGUGUGGGCCGGUGCGGCUGCAACAGCGCUACCCAUCCCGCUUCACUCGGAGCUGGUGCAACCGAGUGCUUGGCAUGCGCACUGUGACCAGGCCGUUUGCACUGAGGUGUGGCCAGACGCGGCCGCUGAUCGGGCCUACUCGCUCACGCUGACGCUCGCCCAGUUCGCACUUCCCCUGGCCACGCUCGUCUACACGUACAGCUGCAUUGGGUGGCGCGUAUGGGUGCGGAGCACUAACGCAAGCUUCCCGUCGUCCUCGGUGCGCCAGUUCCGACGCGCUAGAAGACGCACCGUCCAGAUGACGCUAGCGGUCGUCGCGGCGUUCGUCGUCUGCUGGUUACCGUUCAACGCACUGCUGCUGGCACCGCUCGACGAUCCGACCUGGGCACCGUUGCCGUACCUGUGGUUUGCCUUUCACUGGCUCGCCAUGUCACACUGCUGCCUGAAUCCGCUCAUCUACUGCUACAUGAAUGCGAAGUUUCGCGCCGGCUUUCGGGCACUGCUGCUGCAACCGUUCGUGCGGCUUUGGCGACCGUGCCGCUAUCAACGGUGGCGUCAUCCUCGGACAAUAGCCACCACCAGCAGCGAGCGGCUGCCCGUGGGGAGUACUGAGGUCGAACUUACAGCUCAGACAAGGCCGAAACCGUUGCCCCUAUUCGAUGGCGCCAUUUGUCCGGAGGAAGAUUGAUCGAAUGCGGAAGAACGGUGAAGGUGUCCGAGAGAAGUGUCUCUCGCUUGAAGGAACCAAUCCGUUUAUUUCAAAGUUACAGUUUGACCACAGUUCCUUUAAUAGAUUAGAUAUGUUAAACUCAACGGACGUUCAUCACGCACAGUGUUGGUGUCGUGUAAACAUAGCUUAAGUGUAAAAAACUUGAAGAAUCGUGUUGUAAAGCCUCUGCAGGCCCAGGCCCCCACAGCUUGAAAAAUAAGGCAAUAAAGCAAUGAUUACCGAACAAGACAAAAGCACAACUUUUAUUGCAUAAGAAAGUCCGAUGGUCAAGUGCAGCCACAGCAGACCUUUCUUUCGGCCCCCUCCCUUGACCGUUUCCCUUCCUCCGCCCGUUUUUCCAUCCCUUCUUAAUAAAGGGAAAAGAUCAACAACCUUUCUCGCACUUGGUGUUGUUUUUUCCUUCUCUCUCUCUCCCUCCCUCUCUUCCUGUUCCCUCUGCCAUCGAAGUACACCUUUUCUUACACGGCUCAUUACAACCCUUUCGAAUUGCCUUUCCUGACUUGAGAGCUAGCAGCAACAGCAGAUGAUGAUGAUGAGCCUCUCCUGCUGCUGCCGUCAUAUCCGGCACAGCGGCAAGAAGGAAGCAACAUAAAAAAAGCCAAGAACGAACCAAAAACCCCACCAAGAAAAGUCCAGUUCUUCCUAUCGUUUUUGCAUUGGACGUGUCUUUCUUGGCUUCUCGUUCUGUCUUCUUCGCUCGCUAGCUUUUUCAACGCACCAGGGCGGCAGGCAGGCAGGCGGUGGCCAAGUGAAAUUGCUUAGAUUAUUAUCCCCCGCAAUACCCGCCUGCUUUCUUCUACCAACCCGGAAUUAGAGUCGAGAAGAAUUUUCCUGCCUGCCAU